CCCGCGCCGGGCUCAACCGAGUAGUGCCGAGCCGAGCCGAACGGAACCGAGCCGAGCCGAACGGAACCGAGCUGAACCGAACCGAGCCGAGCCGAACGGAACCGAGCCGAGCCGAGAUGCAGCGGGCGGCCGCGCGGGUGCUGCGUGGGGCGCGAGUCCCCUUCGUGCGGGAGCGCUCGGCCACGGCGCGGCUCCCCCCGCGGGGGCUGCUCUAUGAGCGGCACGGGGAGCCCCCGGGCGUCGUGCAACUAAAGGACCUCGAGGUGGCCGAGCUGGGGGACUCCGAUGUCCGCGUCCAGAUGUUGGCAGCCCCCAUCAAUCCCGCCGACAUCAAUAUGAUCCAAGGGACCUACGCCAUCCUGUCCCCGCUGCCGGCUGUGGGAGGGAACGAAGGCGUUGGGGAAGUGCUGGAGGUCGGGCGGCACGUGGCGGCUCUGAAACCCGGGGACUGGGUCAUCCCAGCGGGCGCCGGACUCGGGACGUGGCGGACGCAGGGCGUGUUCCCCGAGGAGACGCUGCUGAAGGUGCCCAGCGACAUCCCGGUGCUGUGCGCCGCCACCCUGAGCAUCAACCCCUGCACGGCGUACCGCAUGCUGGCCGACUUUGAGACCCUGGCACCGGGUGACUCUGUCAUCCAGAACGCCGCCAACAGCGGCGUGGGCCAGGCUGUUAUCCAGAUCGCCAAAGCCUCCGGCAUCAAGACCAUCAACGUGGUGAGGGACAGACCUGAUCUCCCAAAGCUGGUGGAGAGGCUGAUGGCCCUGGGCGCAGACCAUGUCAUCACGGAGGAGAUGCUGAGAAAGCCAGAGAUGAAAGAUAUAUUUAAGAGCAUCCCGAAGCCCCGGCUCGCCCUGAACUGCGUCGGAGGCAAAAGCACUACGGAGAUGCUACGGCACCUGCAGCCCAAAGGGACCAUGGUCACCUACGGGGGGAUGGCAAAGCAGCCCGUGAUGGUGCCUGUGAGCGCGUUCAUCUUCCGGGACGUGCGGCUCCGCGGCUUCUGGAUGACGCAGUGGAGGAAGGACCACGCGCAGGACCAGGAGAGCCUGACCAGCAUGAUGGAUGCCUUGUGCCAGCUCGUCCGGAGAGGGCAGCUCACCGCACCGGCCUGCACCGAGGUCCCGCUCCAGGACUACAAGGCAGCGCUGGAGGCCACCAUGAAGCCCUUCACGUCCUCGAAGCAGAUCCUCCUCCUCGUCUGACCUGCAGCUCCUGGCUUUCCCUUGCUGCCUUGUGCGCAGACGAGACGCUUGGGGGGGGCGGGGGGGGAACCCUCCAGCUCCAUUGAUUUUUCUUUUUUUUUUCCCCCCCACCAACUUUUGGGUGCCCAUUGCAAGUUUUAAAAGCCUCUGCAGCCUUGCAUGGACGGCAGCGCGCUUAUUGCUUCUGGAGGGAGGCUGCUCUUGCUGGGGCGAGUUGGGGUUCAACGGGACGCUCAGGGAGCCCGGGGACGGCGGCUCGCUCAGCUCAGGGUGUCAGACGAGCAGCAGUUCCCCCUCAUGCAUGUUUUUGGGGCUGGGGGGGGCUGCACUGCCACCUCCUGCCUGGCUUAGCAGCUGUCAGUAGUGUUCUGUUGUUUGCACUGUUCCUCCGGGUGAUUUUUUUUGGGGUGAUUUUUGGGUGACUUUGCAGGGUAGCACAGGGCUGGGCACUGCCCUUCUCCCAGCCAGCCUCCCCCCUGCACUGCUGCAGCCUCUGAGCCACCUCCGCGUGUCCCCCCCUCCAAGUUCAGCAGCCAAGUGCCCCUGGGCUGGGGGCUGGGGACACUCCCCCCAUUGAAUUGCAGAGAAAAAGCAAAUUUUAAUUUUUUUUUUUUUAUUCUUAAUUUUUCCCUGCCCAGCCCACGUGACGCUGGCAGGACGGGGGCAGGGGAUGCCUGUGCAGGCUGGAGGACAAGGGCGCAACGGGCUUUUCCAGCCCUUGGCAUCACCUCAUCUCUUAAAAUGAGCUCAAACAGGAGAAUAAAAAAAAAGAGAGAUGCCAAGUUACCCAGUACCAGCCAGCACUGCUGCCCCAGGGGAGCUGUAAGACACCGUCGUCCCUUCGGGGACAGCCCUGGGGUGUGACGUUCAAGGUGGGGACAGGACCCGCGCGGCAGGGCACAGCCGGACACGUGCAGGGCGAGGGGGGGGCUUUUUGCAAUACCCAGAUUUGAAUUCAGUUUUGCUGCUGUUUCCGCUGCCACUACUGAUCGUGACGAGAACCUCUUGGAAAUCAAUGUCUAAUAGACGUGUAUUUUUUUUUAA